AUGACCAAUAAAACAAAUCUCAAAAGGAUCCGAGAGAUUUAUCUUAGGAAUGACAAUGAUAAUCUUGAUAACGCUAUUUCUGAGGAUGGUGAAUCGAAUUCUGAUCCUGAUCCUGAUUAUUGUGCAUCUGGAACAGAAUCCGAUGACACAUCCGCUGAUGAAUAUAUUUCGAAAGGUGAUGACUCGUCUGAUUCGAAUACUGCUGAUCAUGAUAUAAAUACUAACAUUCAACCUGAUUCAUUGGAAGAAACGGGAGUCGAUGGGCAAAAGAAUGCGACUCAAGCCACGGUCGUCUUCGUGCCAUCAACAUAA